GACAGCAGAUGGAAAGAUGGCUGCGUUUCGCUGUCGGCGAGACCCGUGCGGCUUUAUUUGUCUCAUUUUAACUUAUUUCAGCGUCUUUUACGCCGACUAUGUUGUGAUUCAGUAUGUCCUGAUCCCCGCGUAUUCUGGAAGUGUAUGGUGCACUCUCCAUGGAUCUGUGUUUAAUAUUAUUCUAGUGCUAUUGCUGGCUUGCCAUUCGAAAGCAGUGUUCUCUGAUCCUGGUAUGGUUCCUCUAUCUGAGACAGACAUUGAUUUCUCUGACUUGAGGUCCCAGUCCAACCGUCUAAAUGACAGAAUGAGUGUUGCUGAUCUGUCUUCUCCUGUAAUGGGCUGUGAGGGCUGGACAGUGUGCAGUCGCUGUGAGACAUAUCGGCCUCCUCGUGCCCAUCACUGCAGAGUUUGUCAGCGCUGCAUCAGGAGAAUGGACCAUCACUGCCCGUGGAUCAAUAACUGUGUUGGAGAGCUCAAUCAGAAAUACUUCAUUCAGUUCCUCUUCUACACAGGCAUGGCCAGCUUGUAUUCCAUGGCGCUGGUGGUGUCAGCAUGGGUGUGGAGAAUAAGGAGUGAAAUAGAGGGAGAUGGAGAUGAAGAAGAAGAAGCUCCCAGCAAACAUCUCAUUGUGGCACAUUAUCUCAUUCUGCUGGUGGAGUCAAUACUUUUUGGAGUUUUUGUCUUGGUGAUAUUUUAUGAUCAGCUGGUGUCCAUUAUAACAGAUGAGAUGCCCAUUGAACAGACGAGGAACAGACCAAUGAAAGACAAACCCAACAACACCCACCCGACACACAUUACACACACAAGAAAGCCAAAAAUGGCUUUGCUGAGGGAGGUUUUUGGACGUGGUUCUAUAAUAUGUUGGUUGUUCCCGCUCCAUUCCUCCCCUCCUUCUGUUGGCGGCAUCAGUUAUUCAGCACUUCCUGAUUACAAUGUGUAACACUGAACGUUUCAUCAGUAUCGCAUCGUGUUUGGAACACUGAAUAUUACGUUACUAAGGUGCAAAUUUCAGCUAUGAUGAAGGAGAAGGGCUGCUGUGUGAGAGUUUUUGUAUACUGACUUCUGCUUACUGUUUCUCACACAGUCUUGUAACUAUAGGGCUGGGUAUCGUUCAAACAUUAUCAAUACCGAUACCUUGACUUCGAUAUGCGAUUUCGACAGUAUGUGAUUUGCAUUAGAUUUUUAUAACAAUACAGUGUGAUUUUUACAUGAAAAAUGCUAAGCAGGUGAGGCGAUUAGCUUGAUAUAAAAGGCUACAAAUAAAAUAUUUCUGCCACAUUAUAUGACCAAAACCCUCAUUAGAUCGCAAUCGGAAGUUAUUAAAAAAUAAUUGAUGGUGGUUUAAAGUGAGUUUUGAGUAAAAGCAUAGUAUCAAUUUUAUAAAUUGUCUUAUGUAGCAUGAUGCUACAGUGUGUAUGAAUGGUCAUGUAACGUGUUUUCCUUGAUGCCUCGCCAGAGCCAAUCACUGAUUUAGGCACAUAAAGCAUGCUGCAUGCUUAUUAGUUCACUGACUUUGAUGAGAUUAACCCCUUAGGUAUCGAAAUUUGGUAACGAACGACAAGACACCCAGCCCUACUUGUAACAAUAUUCUGUUACAAGAUACUUCCGAGUAUGGGACACCAUAUUUGGUCACACGUCACUUUACAAGAUACUUCUACAAACCUGGAUCUUUUUCCUUUCUCUGUUCAUCUCAAUUAUUUCUCUUCAUACAGCUAACCCAGGACAUUGAUUUGGAUUUUUAAAUGUAAUAUUAACUCUUGAGUAUUAGUGGAUUUUCUAGUAUACAUUUACUUGUAUACUAGUAACCAGCAUGCAUUUUGUUGCUUAACCAUUGAUUGGCAUACACCGGGAUGUGAGCACACACUCACAAGGUCAGGUAAAUGCAAUAGGACACAUUCAUUGUGUGUUUAAGCACAUGGACUGUACUCCAUUUGACAAGGAUUGUAAAUUCAAUACAAAAAUAAGUAUUGCAUUUUCAGGGUGCUGGACUACUUUUGUUGAAGUGCUUGUUUUUGUUUUGUUUGAUAUAUUAAUGUUUUUGCUGUUUUGGGGACAGCUUGAGGGUUGUGUGUACAUAACAGAUGAACAUGUAUACUGAUAAUGUUUACAUUGAUAUUUAUUGUAAUUUAUCUGGAUUUUGUUUGUCUAAAUGCUGCUCAGACUUAUGUGAAGUAAAAGACAUCUUUUCAUAUUCUGGCUUUUUCGCUUGAAAAUUACAAGUUUGAGUGGAA